AUGCUUCAGAACGUAAGACCCGCUGCUCAGCGUUUAUCCUAUUGUCCAGAUUCGGUGCGCUUGAGGCUCGCAGGCGCGCUCAUGGCGACGACAACGCAGCCGCUGCUGCCGUCUCAGGCAGACUCUGUCGAUGACCUCUUUCGCUCCACGCCCGCUCUUUCCCACGAAUACAGCGGCGUCGCUCCUGCCAGCGUCGCCAGCGUCGCCAGCGCCGUCAGCGCCGCCAUCCCCCCGCCGCGCCCGCAGAACACGCUGACGGAGCCCGUAUCAGAGACCCUGCGGAGGGACGUGCAGCGAGUGUGGGUGAACCUGCGGUGUGUGCUUGUACCGAGCGAACGAAGCUCCCUCAGAGACUGGGACCUGUGGGGUCCGUUCUUCUUUAUAAUCACCCUCGCGCUGCUGCUCUCCUCGUCUGCCACUCACAACAAGGCGCAUGUGUUUGCAGUGGUGUUCGGAACAGUAUCAACAGGAGCCGUUGUCCUCACUCUAAACGUGCAACUGCUGGGCGGGCGCAUCAUAUUCUUCCAGAGCCUCUCCCUGCUCGGCUACUGCCUCGUGCCUCUCGACCUUGCCGCCCUGCUCUGCCUCCUCACCACUGCCAAACUCGUCCGCAUGGCGCUCGUUUUAGUCACAUUCGCUUGGAGCUCCUCUGCUGCAUACCCCUUUGUGGCCAAGGCUGUUCCGGAGACGCGCAGGGUGCUGGCAGUCUACCCUGUCUUCCUGCUCUACACGGCUAUUGGCUUCCUUGUGCUCGCUAAUGACUAG